UCCUCGGGAAAAGUCUGGAAAACAUCUGGCUCCUUCCUCCGCUUCCUCCUCUUCCACCUCCUCCACCUCGUCCUCCUCCCGCAUGUGUUCAACGCGGAGACGGUGAAGACGCUACCGGGGGAAGCUGCAGCGGUGCACCGGGGCUGUGGAGGUAGUUACCGGGGUGUGGAGGGCUCGCGGCGCCGGGACGCUUCUCCGCGAUGGAGACCACGAAGUGAACGUCCCUGUUGUUUCUACGCCUCUUCUUCUUCGUCCUCUACUUCUUCUUCUUCUUCUUUGGAUUUACUCUCACAUUGAAGCGGUGCGUGCUUCUCAACAAGAUGCCCGGAAAGACCAAGUACAACCUGGUGGACGACGGGCACGACCUGCGGAUCCCGCUACACAACGAGGAAGCGUUCCAGUGCGGGAUCAACUUCGAGGCGAAGUACAUUGGCAGUCUGGAUGUGGCGCGGCCGGGCAGCCGGGUGGAGAUUGUGGCUGCCAUGAGGAGAAUACGGUAUGAGUUCAAGGUGAAAAACAUCAAGAAGAAGAAAGUCCACAUCACGGUGUCCGUGGACGGCGUGAAGGUCUCCCUGAGGAAAAAGAAAAAAAAGAAGGAGUGGACGUGGGACGAGAGCAAGAUGAUGGUGAUGCAGGAUCCCAUUUACAGGAUAUUCUACGUCUCCCACGACUCCCAGGAUCUGAAGAUCUUCAGCUACAUCGCCCGAGACGGACAGAGCAACGUUUUCCGCUGCAACGUCUUCAAGUCCAAGAAGAAGAGUCAGGCCAUGCGCAUCGUGCGGACGGUCGGCCAGGCCUUCGAGGUUUGUCACAAGCUGAGUCUCCUGCACACGCAGCAGAACGCUGACGGACAGGAGGACUGCCACAGCGAGAAGAACGGCAACGACUCCUCCCUCUCAGCUCGGGAGCUCACAGGCGCCGAGAAGACGGCGGUGGUCGCUGAGGAGACGGACAUCGAUGCAGAGGAGGCGAGCCAGGGGCAGGCGGGCGAGGAAUCGAACAUCAACAGAGGAGUGACCGAUCUGGACGCCACGGCAAAGACACCGGAUCUGAACCACAUAGAGAACGAGCCUCUAGCUUCAGAGGAGGUCUCUCUGCUGGUGUCCAGCCCCAGGAUGCUGCUCCCUGCAGCGGCCACCCUGCCGCCGGCCGCCCCCCUGUCGACCCACCACCAGAUUCAGCUGCUCGGGCAGCAGCUGCAGCAGCAGCAGCAGCAGACACAUGUGGCUGUAGCACAGGUCCAUCUCCUUAAGGACCAGCUGAGUGCCGAGGCCACAGCCCGACUGGAGGCUCAGGCCCGGGUCCAUCAGCUGCUGCUGCAGAACAAAGACCUGCUGCAGCACAUCUCCCUGCUGGUGAAACAGAUCCAGGAGCUGGAGAUAAAGAUGUCUGGACCCAACUCAAUGGGCUCCCAGGACAGUUUGUUGGAGAUCACCUUCCGGUCGACGAUACCUCCGGUGAUCUGCGACGCCACGACUCCUCGACCCGAGCUGUCGGCCGUCAACCUGCCUGCGCUGACGGGGGACGGGACCAUCAACGCCUUCUCGUCCUCCAACGGGACGCUCGGAAGCCCCCUAGUUGAUCAGAGCAUGUUUGAGAACUCCACCGCACAGCAGCAGAGUCCCCAGAUCUCCAGGCCCGGCCAGCCCUCGGCCCGACGCACCCCAGCAUCGUCUAACCCCAACCUGGGCUCCAUCCCCGCUGAGUCCCCGUCCUCCGGAGGCCAGCAGAGGCUGAAGAACGCCAUCAACCUGGGAAAGGCUGUCGGGGCAAAGGUGAACGACUUGUUGAGGAGGAAGGAGUCCAGCCACAUCGGAGAUAUCGGGGUAACCGAGGUCAACAAAAACGUUGGUGCUGUGUGGGGCCGCAUGGACCAACUCAACACAACUACUGCUAACAGUCACAUUUCCUCCUCCUUCGACUCCUUCCCUCGCCUGGACCCACCCCCGCCGUCGGGGAAGAAGCGCCUCCCUCGAGCGCUGAAGACCACCCAGGACAUGAUGAUCUCCUCUGACCCCGUGGUGUCCUCUCCAGACGCUGGAGACUCCUCUUCGUUCCUCUCGUCCCCCGGUAAGACGCCGCUCCUCGCCCAGGAGGAGCCGGGGCUCGGUGAGGACGAGGAGGGGGGAGAGCCCCCGGCUGCUGCAGAGAAGAAAGUGUUGUCUCGUUCAGAGUCGACAGGGAGCAGCAGCAAGGUGGAUGGAGUGACGGGUGGAGGAGGAGAGGAGGAAGAAGGCCGGAGAGCCGAUGGAGACGUGGAGGAACGUCGGCCUCAGCUGCAGCUCUCUGUCCCGGACCUCAUCCACAAAGACCCCCCCCCGCCCUGCGACGUCUGGCAGAAGGCGUCAGGGCCGGACGUCCGGCUCGCCUCCACCCCCCGCUCGGGGAAAACCGCCUGCCGCAUCAGCCUGGGCGAGGAGGCCCUGCUGGGGAACGGCGCCCCCUGUGGGAAAGGCACUGAAGACACGGAGCCGCAUCCAGACCUGCUGUCGUUCGAGUGACGAGCACAGACACGUGUUUUCAGUGUGAAGCAUGAAUUCAAACAGACUGGAUCUAAUACUCAUGACCACUCUUCACAUGUGUCCGGCUUCGCUUUGGGAAAAGGUUAAACGUUCUUACAGGAUCCAGGACGAAGGGUCGGAUGCUUUUCAACUUUUUAGCAGUUUUUUAUACGAGCGGAUGAGUUCUGAGGUCGGGUGAUGAAAUCAGAAUCUGUCAGAGAAACACUACGAGCGUCUUCUUAACGAAUGAAAACAAGGCUGAGACUGAAAGACUGGACGAGGGAUAACAGGAGAAAUGCUACUAGAGUUUAACUUUAUUAGUUUUCAAUAUUUUCUCAGUUUUGAGAAGAAAAUCAUAAUAUUAGGAGAAUCAAGCUGCAGUCGCCCUAAUCCUUCCUCAUACGUUUAAUUCAGUGAAGGCUCCGAUUUAAACUAAGAAAAACAUCAAAGCUGUAAAAUAAUAAAAUGUCCUCAGUGUUUUUUAUCAAGUUUUAUCUCUUACGACAUGUUAAUGUCACGUCUGCUUUAAAACAAGCAGAUGAUAUAAUGAUGAAUGUAAUAAAUGUCAUGAAAUGUCCCUUUAAAUGGAACAUUUUAAAUGAAAAGCCUCAUAUAUCAUAUAUAUUGAAAAUGAACUGAAAAUGUAAAACAGUUUUCUAUAUAUUUUUUUAUAUUGAUUCAUUGUAAAUCAUUUUGUAUCAAUUUAAAGGGACAUUUCAUUACGUGUUAGUCGUAAAUUCAUUUAUAAACGGAAGCUGCUAUGGAACCAGUUAGAAAGUGCAACUGGUGAGAUGAGACCAGACUCUGGAGUAGAAGAAGAAGGAGAAGAAGAAGGAGAGGAGUGGGAGGAGCUGAACGAUGGUGGAUGUGUUGGAGGAGGAGCAGGUUCGGGGGAGAACUUCAGUCCAGUCAGUUCAGAGUGACAUCAGGUCCGGAAGCCUCGUUGACCUUUGACCCUCGACAUCAUAUUAAAUUCAUGUUCUGUAUUAAAUAGUCCUUCUGGUCCAGUCGGAGCUGAAGCAGACGUGUGACACAGAGUGAGAUAAAAUAACACAGCUGUAAACUAGUGUGAUGGUUUUUUAGUUUUCUAUCCUGCUAAGAAAGCUAAUUAUGUUUGCUCAUGAUUAUUAAUAAACCACAACUCUCUCCUGUGGAUCAGUUUCAGCCAACGACUGUAAACAAAGAUGGCCGACUUCCCCCCCUGUGUAGAGAUGAAGCCAAAAUAUCCAGAAUAGUGCGGCGGCCAUCUUGAGCCCUUGGUGAGACUCGGCUGUCAAUCAGGACGUCUCACCCUAUUUUUUAUAAAUUCAAAUAACUAAAAACAAAACUUAACAGAAACCACCUUUAAGAACAAACUCUUCUCUGAACCAUAAACUGUUGGAUAUUGUGUUUUGACCGAAACACAGAGUCUUAAAGCACAAGGACAAAAAGUCAGUUCAUUAUAUAACUUUUUAUUUUUAAUACGUUUGUUUGUUUUACCCUUCAAUCAGCAAAGUACAAAUGAAGUGUGUCCAUCUGGUGAAUCCUUUUGAACUGGCUGAAGUGAAAGUGGAUGUUUCUUUACCCCCCCGAACCUGACAGGGCGUGAGGAUGAGAGGAUGAGGGGACGGGAGGAUGAGAGGACAGGGGGACGGGAGGUAGGAAAAGUUGUUUUUGAGUGAAAAAGAGCGAGACAGGAUAAUUAGCUGUCGUCAGAGAGAGAAGUUUACUCAAGCAGAUCUUCUAGUGAAGGACCAAAGCCUCAAACCAUCAGCUCACUCAGACGCCUGGUUUUUUCUUAAAGAGCUUCUCUGAGCGUGAAGAAGCAAUAAUUCAAACAGAAGAGUCUUUAUUCCUCUUUUCACCAAAGUCAGAGCAUCUAAUGUUCUAACGUGAGGUCACAUCCUUGUUUUUUAACAACCUGCUCCUGAAUCUCCAGAUGUUCUUCAGCGUCAGGAUCCAGAUGUUCCAGCUCUAUCAAAGUGGAAUCUGUUUUUUUAUAAUGCUGAUGUCUGGAUUCAAGUUGACUUUAGAGACGGGGAUCAUGAUCCCGGAUCUGAAAGUGACCAGUGUCCUCUAGAAAUGAAGAGUGGGAUUUCCUGACAUCGGGGAAAAAACACAGCACAAAGACAGAGAGACGUUCCCAGUAGAGACUGGGACGGACACUGGGACGGCUGCAGCUGCGGUUCAGGUCCAAGCCCGGAGGAAUGAGAGGAAUGUGGAGCCGGACUCUGGGAGAAGAGAAGCCUUGUCCCUCUCACUGCGAGUGUCUGAAAGAUCCCCUUUUAUAUAGAGCUGCAAAUAACCUGAAGAAGAACUGGGACAUCAGUCAGUUCGUUUCCCAAUUUGUCUUUUCUCAUAACUUCACUUUAAAAUGAAAACGAAUGUGCUAAUGAAACCAAAAAUUAAAGAUUUGGAUUUUAUAUUCAAAUUAUCCUGAGAAAUCACAAAGUUCAAACCAUAACUUCAGUCACAAGAUCUUUUUGAUAUUUAUGAUGCUACAAAUGUUUAACAACCUAAUAACCACUGACCUGCAAAAACAUCUUUCGGUGUUUCUCCAUAUAUGAGUUUAUAUAUUCUAUAAAUCAAAAGUGUGUUUUAUUGAGAGUUUAAGGCUCAAAGGCUCGAGUCGGAGCCUGGGAUUGACAGUCCUGCAGUGUUGUGUUGAAUUCUGAUUGAUGCCUAAAAGAAAACGACAAACUUUGUACAUGUCAGCUCAUUUUAAACCUGUGAGAACAGUCGACAGAACUUUGAGAAGCUUAUUUAGAGAAAAAGUGUUUUGUGACCUUUUGUGUUGAACUUUGAUUUUGUUGACAUAUCUGAGGUUGUGUUGAGUCCAGUCAGUUUUAACCUGACUGAACAAGACCAAACACAGACGCACAAUCAAGAGCGACAAGGAGCUUUUUAAUUCUGCUUCACAAACAAACCACUACACCAGAUUUCUCUUUUUCAAUGAACGAAUCAAGCGUUUGUACAUUUUAUAGAAAUAUAUAUCGUCGUCCUUUUUUUUACGUCAACCUUUGAAUAUGCAAAUUGAUUUCUCACUCUAACAAAUGAAGGAAAGUGAUUUAUUUUGAUAUUUUAAUAUUCAGUCGUAGAAUCUAGUUGUUGUAAAAGUGUAGAAUCUCAGAAUCAGAUCAAGUUUAGCUUUGUUUUGUAUUUGUUUUGUGAUGUCAUUACUUUACCACGAAUGAAGGAAGCUGCACAAACGGAAAAGAAACAAACCUGGGAUUUUCUUUUUUAUUAUCAAUUUUCUAUCUUUUCACUGCUGCACAUUAAUUGGAAUAUCAGAUUUUUUACAUGUAUUGAAAAUAUGCUACAGAAAUCAAAAAAUGAAUCUAUGAUUGUGACUUUUAUUUUCUUUAAUGUAUCUGUUUGUUUUUUUUAAAGGUGGGGAUGGAAUCACUUCUGUAAUCCUUAAAAAACAAAAACUGGAAAUAGA